AAAAGGAGUUGAAUAUUGGAGCUCCACAGAGGCAUCCUAUAAUGGUGUACUUGGAGGCUUCGGACUUGGUACACUCCCAAGAGUAGACGCACAGAGUUCUAGAAUGAUGAUAUUGAAAUUACUCCCGCGCUUAUCGCAAACGAAGAGUAUAAUGAACCCGAAACCUUCAGAAAGGCUAGAAAGUCGCGCUAUGGAGGCAGGAGCGGGUGUAGGACGUGUCAGCACUGACGUAUUGUUGUAUUACUCAAAGCACGUUGAGUUGGUUGAACCAACACCAAAAUUCACUGAGAGGGCUAGACAAAGAUUGGCAGAACACCCUAAGGUCACAGAGGAAGGCGCUACUUGGACUAUUAAGGAAGUUGGCUUGCAGCAGUGGCAACCUGAUGGUAUAUAUGAUCUAAUCUGGUCGCAAUGGUGUCUUCCUCACUUAUCUGAUGAUGAAUUAGUAGAAUAUUUCAAGAAAGCAGCUGGAUCAUUGAGGAAAUACACAACUGGGGAUGAGUUCUAUGGUCAGGAUGGAUUGCUCGUCGUCAAGGAGAAUGUAUGCUCUGAUACAGAUUAUACGUUGUUUGAUGAUGAAGAUUCUUCGAUAACAAGAUCACAUCAAGCGUAUUUAGAUCUAUUCCAGAAAGCUGGACUGUCUAUCGUUCAUCAAGAAGUACAGCUCGGAUUCCCAAAGGAAUUAUAUCAAGUACGUAUGUAUGCAUUGAGAUAGACAUUUUUGUAUUUUACUCUCUUCUUCGUCGACAACCAAGAGUAUGCGUGUUCGAGUGAGGAGUCUCGAGAGUGAGAGGAUAAAUUUCGUAUUAGAGGAUGUAGAUUUAGCACUAGCGAAUGCUUUACGAAGAAUACUCAUAGCUGAUUUACCUACUAUGGCUAUAGAUAUCGUUAAUAUAGAGGAAAAUAGCUCCGUUUUGGUGGAUGAAUUCAUCGCUCACAGAUUAGGAAUGGUUCCAUUGAUAUCGACAGCUUGCGACAAGCUAAUCAACUACAAUCGUGACUGUGUAUGCUUAGACCAUUGCCCAAAGUGCUCCGUUGAACUCGAACUCAAUAUAAAGUGCACUACACCAGAGACAGUCUUGGUAACUUCAAAUCAUUUACAAAUAAAAGGACAAGUCGCAAAUGACACCUCAGGAAAUCUUAUAGACCCUCCAAUUGGUUUGCCAGACAACUUUGGUCUGCCUAUAAAUUAUCAUCAGGAAGGCGCAUACCCUAUUACGCUUUGUAAAUUGCGACAAGGACAAGAAUUGAGAAUAAAUUGUAUCGCCAAGAAGGGUAUUAAUAAGGAGCAUGCUAAAUGGGGUCCAACGAGCGCUGUUGCAUUCGAAUAUGACCCUUACAACAAACUCAAACAUACGCAUUACUGGUUCGAACAAGAUGAGAGAGCGGAGUGGCCACUCUCUGCAAACGCAACUGAAGAGGCCCCGCCUGAUGACAGCCCAAUCGGUCUUAAUGCUGAACCAAGAACAUUCUACUUUGACGUGGAAGCAACUGGUGCACUUGAACCAAAAGAUAUGAUUUUAUUAGCCUUUGCGGAACUACAGAAUAAACUAGCUGGUAUUGUCUUAGCACUCGAUCAACCUACUGAUCAAGAGGGUUAUAUGGAUAACAACAACCUAGUUGAAGGUAUGGAACCAAGUUCAACCGCGGCUGAUCAGGUUGAUGAUUGGGGUGUUGGUGCUACACAGGGUGGUUUCGACUGGACUUAGUAUCUCAAUUUGACAUAUAUAUAUAUAUAAUGUAAUAAUGUAAUUUAUAAACAAGUUAUUUUACCAAUUUUGUCGUAAACUUAAAGUCGCCAUAUUUCUCCAAUUCUUGGAUAAGUACAUCACCAAGUGCAGAUGCAGGUGUGUAUACACCGCCUUCCUUCUUUGGUGUUUCCUUUGCCAAUAAUAAGGCGACUUCCGAUGACAUUAUACCUGUUAAGCUAUAUCCUGCGUGUCCUUUUCCUGUGACUCUAGUGUGCAUCUCAUGACCAUCUACAGUCUUUGUUGUGUUGUCAAGUACGAGACUACAAGCGGCAUCCUGCUCUGGUGUAGGUCCAGUACCAGACUUUGGAGCAACCUUCUGGAGGAGAGCUCUGAACCAUGGGAAAGUUGCGAAAAGGAAACCACCGAGUGCCAUCAUAACACCUCUCAAUAAUGCUCGGAAGAAGCUCUCGUGGGAGAGUGUCUCGGUGUAUUUAAAUGUCUUGCUGUAGAGUUGUGGAAGUAAUGCAGCUGACCUGUAAACAACUCUGAUGUUAUGUGGACCCAACAACCAAGGUGUGCCCCAUUUGCCGACGGCGUUGUCGUAGCUGAUAAGCUUCUCUCCAUUUUGUAACUUUGCUCUCUCUGAGUUAACUUCUGGAGCUAAUGACCAAACAUCUCUUCUGUUUUCUCUGAGUUGAUCUUUUGGCGUUUUGUCAUACAUUGUGAGAAGUGAGCUAAUAGUACCACCGCUAGCACCCUUGAUGAGACCGCUGAAGCUAGUGUGUGAGUAAUUGAUGUCACUAUAGAUUCCAUUAUCACGGAGACCUUUAACGGACUUGUAGACGGCGAUAUCUGAUGGCAAACUAUCUAAACCAGUUGAAGGUACCAAAAUUGAACCAGUUUGGGAUGCCUUAUAUGUUAAUUGUUUAACCAAGUUAAUGUAAUAAGAUGGACCUUCUCCGUUGAUAUCUACAAAGUGUACACCUGCUCUAACGCAAGCAGUAGCGACACU